GUAGCACAGAUAAAAAAACUCACACUAUUUCUAGGUCCCUGAGUUUAAGUUUAUGUUUUAGAGUUAAAAAUGUCAAGGUUGAUCAUUAAAAAUUUGCCAGAGAAGAUUAAAGAAUCUCGUCUUCGUGAAAUAUUUUCAAGUAAAGGUGGACAGAUUACUGACGUUAAAUUGUGUUUUACGAAACGGGGUGUCUUUCGAAAGUUUGCUUUUAUUGGUUACACAAGCGAAGGUGAUGCUGCUAAAGCUUUGAAUUUUUUUAAUAAAUCUUUCAUUGACACAAGCAAGAUACAAGUAGAUGUUUGCAAAGAUUUAGGAGAUCAAUCUGUACCAAGGCCCUGGAGCAAGUAUGCCAAAGGGAGUUCAGCUUUCUCAAGAAAAUCAAAUGAAAUUGAAGACAGAAAGUCGAGAAUUAAAAAUCUUCAGGAGAAAGAAUCAAACAAGAAAAAGAAAAGUAAAAAGAAAGUAAAUGCUCCUGAAACAGAGUUACAAGAUGUUAAGGAUGAUCCUGAAUUUCAGGAGUUUUUAGCUCUACAUUCUAACAAACUUGUAAAACAAACAUGGACCAAUGAAAAUGAGGCAUUUAAAGAUAGCUUGGAAAAAAAGGUUGAAGAGGACAGUGAUUUGACAUCUAAUGAUGAUGAAGUAUUGGAAAAGGGCCUGUCAUCACCUGAAAACGAAAAUGAGACAGAUGAUGAGAAGGAUCAGGAAGAUCAAAGAGAUCAGAAAGAAAGUAACAGCACUGAGGAAAAACCCAACUCUCUAAAAAAGCAGCAAUCUGAUUUGGAUUGGUUAAAAUCAAAAAUCACAAAAACAAAGGGAGAGACAUCAGACAGUGAUGAAAAGACCUUGAAUUUGGAAGAAGAACAUCAGCGUGACCAAGAUUCUUCAUCCAGUAGCGAUGAGAAAGAAGAAAACGACGACGCAGUAGCUACAGUAGAAACCAAGCAGCUGAUAUCAUCACUCACUUUAAAAAUGAGAGGUGUACCUUUUACAUGCUCUGAAAAAAAUGUAAUCGAUUUCUUUAAACCAUUAAAAAUUACAGAUAUCCGUUUUCAAAAAAAUUUGAAAGGAAAACCAACUGGCUAUGCUUUUGUUGAUUUUGAAAGUUUAAAAGAUGCGGAAAAGGCAUUAAAAAAAGAUCAAAAUAAAAUAAAAGGAAGAUAUAUUGAACUGUUCAUGGUGCAUAAUAAAAAAUGUGAUGAACAACUAGAUUCAUUAAAGUGGAAUAAGAAGGCAAAGGAUGAUGAAGAUGGAGACGAAGAUGUGUCAGAUACAGGUCGGCUGUUUGUUCGCAACUUGUCCUACGCAUGUACUGAAGAUGAUUUACAACACCUUUUUUCAAAAUAUGGAGCAUUAGUUGAAGUAAAUCUUCCAAUUGACAAAAACAGCAACAAGUCCACUGGAUAUGGUUUUGUAACAUUCAUGAUGCCAGAACAUGCAGUUAAAGCAAUGAGUGAAUUGGAUGGUUCCAUAUUCCAAGGUCGGAUUCUGCAUUUAUUGCCUGGUAAAGCUCAAAAGUCAAAGGAUAGGAUAGAUAAUUCAGGUGGCGGUUCUGAAUACAAAAAGAAAAAAGAAAGCCAACAAAAAAUUUUAAGCGGCAGUAGCCACAAUUGGAAUGCAUUGUUUCUUGGUCAGAAUGCAGUUGCAGAUGUUGUGGCGAGUCGAUUGAAUGCAAACAAAAGAGAUCUACUAGAUGGAGGAUCUUCAGGUAGUGUAGCUGUACGGAUGGCACUUGGUGAAACAGAGUUGGUAUCUGAUACAAGAAAAUUUCUGGAAUCCCAUGGAGUCAAGCUUGAUGUUUUUGGACAGUCAAAUUGCGCAAGAAGUAAAACGACCAUCUUGGUUAAAAACCUACCCCCUGGCACAACUGCGAGCGAACUAGAAACUAUAUUUUCAAAGUAUGGCGAUAUUGGUAAAGUCUUGAUUCCACCAUUCGGAAUAACAGCAAUCAUUGAAUUCAUCCAGCCAAAAGAGGCCAGGGAGGCUUUUACUAAUCUCGCUUACUCCAAGUUCAAACACACGCCUCUGUAUUUGGAAUGGGCUCCUGUUGAUAUAUUAACUGGUGAAGUCACUGUUAAAGAAGAAGAAGAAAUGUCUGACAAUGAUAGUCACACUUCAGAAGGCGAGGAAAGUGUCACUGGGAAUGUUGUUUUCGUGAAAAAUCUGAAUUUUACCACGACAGAGGAGAAGCUAAAAGAGCGUUUCAGUAAUUGUGGCAAACUAAAGAAUGUCACAAUAGCCAAGAAAAAGGAUCCUAGGAAGCCUGGGGUUAUGUUAUCGAUGGGUUACGGUUUUGUUGAGUAUAAAAAAGUGGAAAGUGCUGACAAAGCAAUAAAGUUGCUGCAACAUUGCGACGUAGAUGGUCAUAAGCUUGAACUAAAGAAAUCACACCGAGAGAGCAUAGCGCCAAAAGCUUCCCGCAAAAGAGCUGUCGACAAAAAACAAACAAGCAGUAAAAUUAUUGUGAGAAACAUUCCCUUUGAAGCAACAACGAAAGAAAUACAGGAACUUUUCAGUUCAUUUGGUCAUAUCAAAACUGUUCGUCUUCCCAAGAAGAUGGUUGGUACAGGAUCACAUAGAGGAUUUGCUUUUGUGGAUUUCACAACAAAACAAGACGCCAACCGAGCGUUUAAAGCUCUUUGUCAAAGCACCCAUUUGUACGGCCGACGAUUGGUUUUGGAAUGGGCAGAUGAUGAAGACAGCGUCGAACUGUUACGACAAAAGACUGCGCAAUAUUAUCAUGAAGAUCCAGAACCAAACACGAAGAGGAAAAAAGUGGAUAUGUUAUCGUCACUUGAGAAAUCUUCUGUUGCUGAAUAAAAAGUUUGUAAGCUAUAAAAUUAAAUAUAAGCUUUAAUAAUU